AUACGAGGCAAGUCGCGGAGGAACAGGGCUGUUAUGAACUAAUUGUGACAAGAGACUUCAGAACAGAUUUGUGGCCCUCUACAGAACAUUGACAAGUGAUUCAAGAUGGCUCAUUUACACAGAAACACACGCCGUCUGCUGGGCUGCGAGGGAAUAUCCGGUCUGAGUCUGCUGCAUUCGGCAGCGGGUAAGAAGCUGGGGAUGUUGAGUGCCAGUCUAUCACGUACUGUAGGGAGCGAUGAAGGUGAAGAUGAUGACGAUGAUGUGGAAGAUGUAACUGAAAUCUCAGAUACAGAGGAGUCGGAACAACGUAAAGAGACUUCAAAGCCAAUUCUUCUUAGAGAUCAGCCUUCUUUGGUUUCCAAAGCUAGCAAAACCCACAAGAAGAUGGUGCUAGCAGAGGAGAACAAUCCAUAUUCACUACAUAUACCCAAGAAUUUCAUCUGUGAGCACUGCUAUGGGGCCUUCAGGAGCAGCUACCAUCUCAAGAGGCAUAUAUACAUCCACACAGGAGAGCGCCCAUAUGAGUGUGACAUGUGUGACAUGAAGUUUAUUCAGAAGUACCAUCUGGACAGACAUAAACGGGUCCACAGUGGAGAGAAACCAUACCAAUGCGAGCGAUGCCAGCAGGCCUUUUCACGGACAGACAGACUUCUGAAACAUAAGAGGAUGUGUCAGGGAUGCCACACCAACAUUGGCGAGUCAGAGUAUGUGUUGUAGUGUAUUACUGUAUACCGGACGCCACGUGUUCUCUGCGUCAAGUAUGACUUUUCUGACUCAGGACUCCUAUCCUGUGUCCUGCUAUUUCAAGCAUCUGAAAAGACUAACCCAAAGCAAAGGGACUGAUAGUAAAGUGACAAACGUAUACCCAUAAUCCUCUGCAUUUAAUUCAAAAUACGUAAACCAUUGCAUAUGGCUAGU